AUGAAAGUCUUAGCUUUCACUCUCAUAUUAGCAGCAGCUUUUGCCAUUGUCGAAAUCCCUAUUCGCCCAGUCCACGAAACACCUGAAGAGAAAUACGCACAUUUCAAGCGUCUCCAGAUAUUGAAACAACUCUCAGCAGGGACCACUGAUGUCGAACUCACAAAUUACCAAACCGCUCAAUAUUACGGUCCAGUCCAAAUUGGAACUCCUCCACAGAACUUUUUGGUUGUUUUCGAUACUGGCUCAUCUAACCUGUGGGUCCCAUCAAGAUCUUGCACUUCUAUUGCAUGCAUGCGUCACAACAGGUACAACCACACUGCCUCCAGCACCUAUACAGCCAAUGGAAAGGCUAUCUCUAUUGAAUACGGCUCAGGCGGUGUUUCUGGAUACCUUUCUCAAGACGUCGUGACUUGGGGUGGCAUCAAAGUACCAAACAUCACUUUUGGCGAAAUGACCUCACUGGUUGGCACUUCAUUUGUGGUGUCUAAGUUUGAUGGAAUUCUGGGCAUGGCUUGGCAAGCAAUUUCUGCUGACAAUGUUCCUCCAGUUUAUCAGUCAAUGUUUAAACUCGGAGUUUUGCCUUCAGACUCUUUCGCUUUCUACCUUACUGCAACUGAUAAUGCAGCUGGAAGCGCCUUGACUUUGGGAGGCUUCAACCCAUCAUACACUAAAGGUGACUGGCACUAUUUCACUUUAAUUCAAGACACCUACUGGAGAAUCAGCAUUGACAGCAUCUCAGUCAAUGGAGUCAAAAUUGCAGCAACUGGAAUCCAAGGAAUUGUGGACUCAGGAACAACUGCCCUUGUUGGAGACAAAAAGAUCGUCGAUUUAAUUAACGCCAAAAUUCCAACAGUCUCACAGACCUGUGCAAAUCUUUCUAACUCCCCCCUCCGUGAGUGAAUAAAACCAUUAGAAAAAUCCUUAUUUUUUGCCCAAAAAUCCACCCUCCGUGAGGAAUAAAAAAUUUUUUUAAUAGAAAAAUUUUUUAUGGAAAAAGCUUUGAUAUAUAAGUGAUAAUUAGUAUAAUGAAAUCAAGAGCUAAUUUUGUUUACUUUUAAACAAAUUGCUUUUUAAAACAUAAAUCUUAUAAAUUAAAUUAAUAUUUGCUUUCCACUUUUUGCGAAAUUUAGGAUUUUUUAAAUGUUUUAAAAAAAAUUAAUUAACCCUCCGUGAGUGAACAAAAUUUUUUUGUUCACUCACGGAGGUCGGGGGAGUAAGCUUCCAGUUGUAACAGUUACUAUUGGAGGUGUUAAUUAUCCUCUUACUGGAACUAACUAUGUGAUCCAAGUUACAAGUGAUGGACAAACUGAAUGUGACAAUGGCUGGAUGGGCAUGGAUUUCCCAGAACAGUUAAAGAACGUCGUUAUUUUGGGAGACUUGUUUAUUAGAACUUACUAUGCUCAUUUCGAUUAUGCAGGCAACCGCGUUGGAUUUUCAACUGCAGUUUAA